CUGUGCAGUUCGCCCUGGCAUUCUGGAUAUCAGCUUCUGGGCCACAUCCUGACUGAUGGCAACCCAUUCUUCUUCUCAAGUUGCAGGAGAGAAGAUGUCGGGCCAGACGCUGACGGAUCGCAUCGCUGCCGCACAGUACAGUGUGACGGGCUCCGCCGUGGCCAGAGCGGUGUGCAAGGCGACCACUCAUGAGGUGAUGGGGCCCAAGAAGAAGCACCUGGACUAUUUGAUCCAAGCUACUAAUGAGACAAAUGUGAAUAUCCCUCAGAUGGCGGACACAUUGUUUGAGCGAGCCACAAAUAGCAGCUGGGUGGUUGUGUUUAAAGCCUUAGUCACAACUCAUCAUCUAAUGGUCCAUGGUAAUGAGAGAUUCAUCCAGUAUUUGGCAUCUCGAAACACACUGUUUAAUCUUAGCAACUUUUUGGACAAAAGUGGAUCACAUGGUUAUGAUAUGUCAACAUUUAUUAGGCGCUACAGUAGAUAUCUCAAUGAAAAAGCAUUCUCCUACAGACAAAUGGCGUUUGACUUUGCCAGGGUGAAAAAAGGUGCUGAAGGAGUGAUGCGAACAAUGGUUCCAGAAAAGUUACUCAAGGGCAUGCCAAUACUACAGGGACAAAUUGAUGCUCUACUGGAGUUUGAUGUUCACCCUAAUGAAUUGACCAAUGGGGUUAUAAAUGCUGCUUUUAUGCUUCUUUUUAAAGAUCUUAUCAAGUUGUUUGCAUGCUACAAUGAUGGAAUAAUUAAUUUAUUGGAGAAAUUCUUUGAAAUGAAGAAAGGCCAAUGCAAGGAUGCUCUAGAGAUUUACAAGCGGUUCCUGACCAGAAUGACAAGAGUUUCAGAGUUUAUGAAAAUUGCAGAGCAGGUUGGCAUUGAUAAAGGUGACAUGCCUGAUCUUACUCAGGACGGUAUCGUCGAUGAGCCGGCACCGAGCAGUCUUAUGGAAACUUUGGAGCAACAUUUAAAUACAUUGGAAGGGAAGAAAGGCAGCAGUGACGGCUCUGGAUCGCCGGUAGGCAAGUCUUCCCCUGCUACUACAGUCACGUCUCCAAACACUACUCCAUCCAAGACUGUAGACACCUCUCCACCCGUUGACCUUUUUGCAACUGCAAGCGCUGCAUCUCCCAUUUGUUCAGCAAAGCUCUCCAAUGAUCUUCUGGAUCUGCAGCCAGACUUCACCUCAAGCGGUCAUUCAGCUUCAGCUGCCCCUGCAGCCGCCAGUGCUUGGGGAGAUGCCUUUGCUGCUUCUCCUGGUGAAGCACCUGCAACUUUAGAAGGGGCUGCAGCACCACCUCCCCCUACCCCUGUUGCAGCGGCUCUUGAUGCAUGCUCUGGAAACGAUUUAUUUGAGUCUGUUUCGGAGGUGGCUGCUGCGCCUAAGCCAGAAGUUACACCUAGCAUAGACCUGUUUGGUACAGAUGCUUUCUCAUCCUCACCACAUGGGCCUUCUCCUGUGCCCGAGACUUCCCUCACUGGAGACCUCUUAUCUGGGGACACAUUUGCUGCUCCAACACCCGUGGCGACCGCAUCUCCAGCCAAGGUUGAACCUGUGAUUGACUUAUUUGGAGAUGCUUUUGGAAGUGUAAGUGAACCACAGCCCGCAGCUCUGGCACCUACGAGUUCAUCAGCUUCAGCAGAUCUCCUGGCAGGAUUUGGAGGGUCAUUUAUUUCACCAUCCCCUGCACCCAUCACCCCAGCACAGAAUAACUUAAUUCAGCCAGGCUUUGAUACUUCUUUUGGAGCCAGUCAGCCAAUUACCGCCACUGCCCCUGCUCCCACAGCAGCCAGUGCGACAUCUGGCAGCACUUUUGACGCUUCAGUAUUUGAUGGCUUAGAAGAUCUUCUUAUGCCAACAAUGACCCCCUCAUCUCAGCCAGCAUCUUCACUCACAUCCGCAAACAAUGUCGGCGCUGCUGGUAAAAGUCUUGUCAGUGACCUUGAUUCUUCUCUUGCAAGUUUAGUAGGCAAUCUUGGUAUUUCUGGAACCACUGUUAAAAAGGGAGACCUUCAGUGGAAUGCGGGAGAGAAGAAGUUGACAGGAGGUGCUAACUGGCAACCAAAGGUAGCUCCGGCCACAUGGGCAUCUGGUGGUCCAUCAACUGCUUCUAUGCAAGGAUCUGUUCCUCCAGGGAGUGCAGGAGCCCAGGCAGCAAGUGCUGCUCCAGGUGCACAGCCAGCACCAGGAUUUGGUCUACCUGCAUCUGGGACAGGGGUACCAAUGAUGCCCCAACAGCCAAUGAUGUAUGGCCAGCCUAUGAUAAGGCCGUCAUUCGGUGGAGCUUCUGUUCCUGGUGCCCCGCUAUCUCCGAGUAUGACUCCUGCUUCACAAAGCCCCAAGAAACCCCCCUCAAAGGAUCCAUUAGCGGAUCUCAACAUCAAGGACUUCUUGUAAAUCUGUAAGAUUCUGUUUUGUGACCUGAAUACAUGAGUCUGGAGCCUUCGAAGAACAGAUUGCUGCUCAGAGUUUUCUAAGUGAGCCACCAGUACCAAACCCAGUGCUUAGAUUUCUCUUCUGAAACGCGUAGCACAGCUGUGAAAGUGAUCAUUAGGAUUCUGUAUUGCCCUUGCAGUAACCCUCUACUAUAUACCAUAUUUUGUUCAUUUUUGUGUUUUUGGGUUCUCUGUGUUUUCCAGUUUCCAUGAGUGGGUGUAAUUUUCCCCAUGCCUUCUAGUGCUAUUCCUGUCCCUGCCUGAUGGGGGCAGAACACGCAGCUGUUGUGUGCUGAGCAGUCUGGACAGAUGUGUCUGUGUUUUUUGAAUGUUUCAAUGUAUAUAAUGUUUGGACAUCCCCUGUUCUUCUAUCGAGUAUGAAAUCUUGUGUGAUCACAGCAGAAAACAGUCCAAUUCAACCCUCUGUUUUGUGUGCGAGAACUACCCACAGGACUAUUAAUUGUGGAAAAAGAAGCUGUUUGUUUUUGUGGUAAUUUAUAUGUUUAAAGUUAUUUAUAAGUUAAAUGAAUAUGAAAUGAAAUCUUCCUCCACAUAUAUAGUUAUGCACUGCUAUAGAGACAAAUCAUAUCAGAAAUAUAUCAUAUUUAUCUUUUUGUUGAUUUUAAAUAUAAUAUAUAUUUUAAUUAUAUUUUUCAGUUUUUGCAUUCAAACUAGUAUAUUGGUCCAUUUUGCAAAAUCAGUCUGCGUAUCUCUUCAUUGUAGUUGCAGCAGGGCUAUUAAUUUUCAUGGAGUGUUACAAAAAAUACAUUUUUUUUUUUAUCUUAAACUUUAUUGUACGCGUACAUCUUGUUUUGUGUUUAUUUUAGCACUUUUUUUCCUCUGAGUUCACUGUGAGUAGUUUUGUACCAUUUGUGACCAAAUUUCCUGCUGAUCAGCAAGGUCCACCCCAUCUUGUACAUAUUGUGCGCAUUUAAUUUUUUCGUUCACACACUCAUCCCGUUGUGCGCUGACCGCUUUGGCUUAAGGUUUUGGUGCAUACAAAUAAGGUCACUGUUGAUCAGUGUUACAAGUGGCUUGGCAGCUGUUUGUAGAAGUUUACUGGAUAGGAACGACGUUCACCUGUUGUAAGUCUUUCAAUUUAAUUAUUUAUUCGAUGGUCGUAUCUGAAUUUACUGUGGGGAAUAACAUACACUCUAAAUGGGGAUCAAGUAUUUAAAAUCAAUUUCCAACUGGCUUUCCUUUGUAUCAUGGUUUAAAGACCCAGUGCAUGUAUGCCCUGUGAGAUGCAAUAAACA